AUGUCCUCUCGACGUCCUUCUUCUCCCCUUGCGGGCCCCUCCGCCAGCUCAUCCCGAAAUCCCUCCACCGCCCAGCAUCAACAUCACGAUCACACGCCGAAUACCCCAAGCGGUCUGCGAGCAUCUGUAACGCUUGCACGCUCCCCAGAGGAUACGACGAACCAUCAAGGUUUAACUACAGGCACAAGGACAGCGCCGAGCAGGUCAGAGUCAGAGUCUUCGCCCAAUACAUACCCAACACAUCUCGUGGCGGAACCAGAUGCACAAGACAAUCAUAACCUUGACGGCCAUGCACACGAGGCAUCUGAGUUUGGAAGCAAAUUAGCGGACGAGACAACAGCUCUACUACGAAAACCCUUUGAGUUUGUAGUUGGAACACCACCACACAGCGGUCCCUGCAACCAUGGGACCUUCAGCCCCAGGCUGGAGAGCCGGGCCGACAGUAUACGGAGUGGUCACAGUGGGUAUGGCUUUGGCGGAUCACCGCCGAGAAGAUCUGGAUCUGGAGAGGGAGGCGCAGGAAUACUCGAGAACAUGUUUGGCUCGGGCAGAGCAAGCAAAAAACUGAGCACCACGAGCUAUCUGGCGGAGCGGCACGGAAUUACGAACACAAGAGUAAUGUACCUGACUUAUUACGUCCCCUUCUUUGCUUGGAUUCGACAAUAUCGAUGGGUGCAUCUGCAAGGGGACCUUGUAGCUGCCCUUACUAUGGCAUCCUUCUACCUCCCUAUGGCGCUAUCCUACGCUUCCAAUCUCGCACAUGUUCCGCCGAUCAACGGGCUAUACUCGUUUGUCUUCAACCCCCUCAUUUAUGCUAUUCUUGGGAGCUGCCCGCAAAUGGUUGUAGGCCCAGAGGCAGCUGGCAGUUUACUUGUGGGAAGUGUCAUCAGGUCCAGCGUGGAUAGUGGGAAGUCGCCGGAAUAUGAUGAAGCCAUGCACGCAAGAAUCGCCGGCGUUGUUACAGGCAUGGCUGGAGCCGCCAUUUUUAUCGCGGGCCUCACUCGACUAGGAUUCUUGGAUAGUGUGCUGAGUAGACCAUUUCUGCGAGGGUUUAUCUCGGCCAUUGGUUUUGUUAUUGUGGUUGAUCAAUUGAUUCCGGAAUUAGGACUUGCAGAUCUUGCGGAGGCUCAUGGUGGUGUUAGUCAUGGUAGCAGUGUGGACAAGCUCAGGUUCCUCUUCGGAAACAUCCAGCAUUCUUCCAAGAUCACUGCUACUGUUGCAGGCGUGAGUUUUGUCAUCAUUAUGGUGUUCAGGGAAAUGAAGAAGCGUCUGCAGCCUCGUUACCCUGGAGUUGCAUAUAUUCCUGAUAGAUUCCUCGUCGUUGUGCUAUCGGCGAUUCUUACCUGGCAGCUACGAUUGGAUCUUUCAGGUCUGGAAAUUCUUGGUGAAGUCAAGUCGAGAACUGGGAAUCCGUUCCCAUUCCACUGGCCAUUCCAAGUUGCCCAUAUGAAGCAUAUUCAGGAAGCGAUGGGCACUUCAUUCCUGAUUGCCUUGCUUGGAUUUUUUGAGUCAUCUGUUGCCGCCAAGAGUCUUGGAGGUGGAGACGGGAAGGACGGUAUCCAAGGGAUUGCAUUGAGUCCGAAUCGAGAGCUGGUCGCCCUAGGUGUUGCAAAUCUUGUUGGAGGAUGCUUCUGUGCCCUGCCUGCAUUCGGCGGCUAUGGAAGAAGUAAAGUGAACGCAAGCACAGGAGGCAAGACCCCAAUGAGUAGCAUCUUUUUGAGUCUGAUAACAAUCAUUUGCGUCUUGUUUCUGUUACCAGCAUUUCACUAUCUACCAAAAGCCGUCUUGUCCUCCAUGAUUACAGUUGUAGCGUGGUCUCUCAUCGAAGAAGCACCACAUGACAUUAUGUUCUUUAUCAGGAUACGAGGAUACACUGAGCUCGGAUUGAUGACGAUCAUAUUCGCUGCAACAAUUUUCUACUCUCUGACUCUAGGAAUAGCCAUUGGAGUGGGACUUUCCCUCCUCUCUGUGAUUAAACACAGCACUCGUCCUCGUAUCCAGAUUCUGGGUAGAAUACCAGGCACCAACAGGUUCGAGAAUGCUGAGGAUAAUCCGGAAGAGAACCUAGAGUUCAUUGAUGGCUGCUUGAUCGUUAAGAUUCCCGAACCGUUGACUUUCGCCAAUACAGGCGAUUUGAAGAAUCGGCUUCGUCGACUCGAACUUUACGGCACAACGAGUGCCCACCCGGCAUUACCCAGAGUUCGCUCCCCUGAGCACAAUAAAAACAUAAUAUUUGACAUUCAUGGCGUAACUGGUCUGGAUGGCUCUGGAACGCAGGUCUUGGAGGAGAUCGUUCGGAAAUAUCGAGAUCGCGGGGUCCGCGUGUUCUUCACACGUGGUCCGGUUGAAGGGAGUCCAAUAUACGAGCUCUUCCGCAGGAGUGGGAUUCUUGAAAUCUGUGGCGGAAAGGAACAUUUUGUGGCUGACGUGGGUGAGGCACUACGUCUAACCGAACAAAAUAGUGACCACGGGUAUGUCAAUUCUGCCGAUGAUGAGAACGGAGGCUAG